UGGAGCUUCAAUACCUGGAAACCCCCCUCAUGACACGGCAGCUAGGACAUCCACAAUAGCCAGAACAGCCAAAACAGCCCUGUCUUGUCGCCGCGACUAAGAGAUCCAAGACAGCCUCCCCGAAUCCAUCUGCUACCAUGGCCCUCGAGAGCAUCGCCCUCGAACACUUGCCCGCCAGUCACACCGUCCAUACGGCACUGUUCCGAAACGUAAAAAAUGCCUCAUUCCUCCACCAACAGCUCCUUGCAGGGAAUAAGGACUUUGAAUACGCGCUCAUUGAUGCCAGCGUUAUCAUGUCGAGGCUGCACGCUCUAGCCGCAGCGUACAGGGCCGUCAAUGACUCGCUUGAGAGCAGACUACGAAGUCGAAACGUGCACUCGGAGAUUGUUUUCUCCUUGAGUCCGAAUAAUAACAUAGCAGAGUCUUUCCGUCGCUUUGGGAUCACUCCCCAAACUACAAACCUCCUCGCCAUUAAGGUCUCAACUCCCUCGUCUCCGGCCACCGCCACAGAAAUCCAAUCCCACUUAAGUAAGGAAGUAGAUGGGGAGCAAGUAGAGUUCAGCGACGAGGUGUUACAAACAAUGACAGACCUGGCGAGAGUAAAGAAGAUCUAUAAGCUGAACAGUACCGGUGGAGGGAAUAAUGGAGGAAAGAAAGGCGUCAAUGGAACGAGCGGGCUGGGCGCAAGUGGGUUGGAGGAUGAGAGAAAGGAAUUGGAGAUAUUGGUGUUAGGGAGUAUGGCGCUCAGAGGUGCUACUAAUUAGUCAAAUUAAAUGGAUUCAAAUGAAGUGAUUUCACGAGUGUGAAAGUCGCUGGAUGAAAAAUGUUCUUUCGGUUGCUCUAUCUAACAGGCUAAGUCUCCGGGGCCCAAGUGAUAGCACUGAGAGCGAAGGAACCCGGAGUCUGCAAAUUCAAUGUCGUUUGCCGUGUCUGUGUCGAGGCUCAGUCUCAGGAGUAGGUUGAUGAUAUACUGUCUA